AUGAGUCAAAGAUCUAAUAGUUUACCUGAAAUAGGUAAACCGAAGUCUUCUAAUAAACCACAAAUCAUAUUUAUUCAUAAGUUAUAUGAUAUGUUAUUAGAUUCUAAUUUGAACCAUCUAAUUUGGUGGAGUAAGAGUGGUGAUUCUUUCUUUAUUAUCCCUAAUGAAGAAUUUUCAAAAGUAUUAUCAUUCUUCUUUAAACAUACCAAUAUAGCUAGUUUUAUAAGACAGCUAAAUAUGUAUGGAUUCCACAAAGUUAAUGAUUUAAAAGAUGAUAAAAAAGAUGAUAAAGAAAUUGAUAGAGAUGAUAGAGAUAAUGGCGAUAAUAAUGUAAAUAUUGAUAAAUCAAAAGAUUAUGAAACAAACCAUUUCAGGUUUGAUAAAUCAAAUGAGAGUAGUCCUUUAAAAAAUGUCGAUAGAAUAGUAAAUGAUGAAAUAAAGGAAGAAAUUGAAACUGAUGAUCAAGAACCCGAAAAGGAGAAAGAUCUCAAAGAUAAAGAUGAAAAGGAUAAGAUAGUAAAAUGGGAAUUCAAGCAUAGUAAUGGACAAUUCAAAAGAGGCGAUAUAGAGAGCUUGAAGUUAAUCAAACGUAGAAGUUCAAAGAACAUCACCAAAGAAAUAUUGAUCAGUAAUAAUAAUUACUCUCCUCAAAGCAAUUUAAGUUUGAAUCAACCCACCAAUAAUUUGGCUCCAACAACCCCAUCAAGUCAGAGUAAUUCAAGGUCAACUUCCAAUGCAGGUCUCAAUUUCCAAAAUUUAUCAAAUGGCCCCCCUCCUUUACCAACGAAUAGUUCUAAUGCUUCAUCUCAAAUUGAUGAUAUUUCAAGUUACCAUCAAAAUCUUGUCAACAAUCAAAUAAACUUACAAAAUUCUAUUUCCAUUGAUAAAUAUCUCGAAUUAUUGAAUAAUUUUAACAAUUUGAAGUACGAACUAUCCAAUUUAUUGAAUAAAUUUGAUUAUUUCUUGAAUGAUUAUAAGUUCAGCCAGAAGAACCUUAUAAAAUUGAUCGAAAUUUUACAAUCAAACAAUUUGAACGAUUUGAAUAACUUCAAAAAUUCAUUGAUUUCAAAUUUGAAUGAAUCCAUCAUCGUGAAUGAGGGUUUUUUAAAAGGAGGGGUCAAUUAUUACCCUUUAAAUCCUUAUUAUAGUUUAAGGGCAUCUCAUGGUAAUAAAAGUGUUAGUAUUGGACCAGAACAAAACCCUCAAGGUCCUUCAACCCAAUCGAUUCCUCAACCAGGAAGUCAUUUACAACAUCCACCAAACGUUCAAAGUGGUCCAAAUGGUCAGAACGGUGCAAAUCCCCCAAGUCAAUUGCAAAGUUCUCCUCAAUCUGUCAAUAAUCCUUCAAACCAGCACCUUCCUCAUAUCGGACCUCCUCAUAUGCCACCUCACCAAAUUCCACCUCAUCAUCAGAUACCAAUUCAAAAUUAUCAACCGUUUCCACUCAAUUCCCCAAACAGUCCUCACCACCAAAGUCCUCAUUUCACUCCAGUUUCUCCUUUCCCAACGAGUGCUCCAUUCCUCAACCCUCAUCACCCCCCUCAGCAACUUAACAGAGCAUCUAGAAGUUACAGUCCUAUGUCAAGAGAUUAUUUUCCUGUCAUGGAUCCUCCAACUCCUAGAAAUUCUAUUGAUCAAAGAAGAGAAUCUACUCCACAACAUCAAACUCAAGCUCAAACAACCCAAUUUGCCCAACCUCCAAGUAAUUUGACUCCACAAAGUUCUUCUAAUACCGUCCCUGGAACUAAAGACACUCAAACUCAAUCAAUUCAUUCAAAUGCUAAUACCACAAACACUACCACUUUAAACCCACCUGCUAAUAUAACUACUACACCCUCCCAAACCAAUUUAAACUCCAAUUUUGGUUUAGGAAUAAUGGAAGAUAAGGAGAGAUUGCCCUCAGUGAGUGAAUUAGAUAAGUCGAUUCAAAAUUCUAAAGAAAAGAGGAAAAUGAGUGAUGAUGGAAAUGAAGUAAAAAAAUUGAAAUUCUGA